AGUGUGAGUUGAAUACAGGUUUUGAUCUACAGAUUGAGCUGAAAAAUAAGCAAGAUGUCAUCAAAUUUAGAAUCAUCAUCUAUGCUGAAAAUAUCUAGCUUACUUAAUGAAGUGAAAUCAAUUAUUGUUAAGCAACAAGAACAAGUCACAGCCUUGCCUUGUGGCCAUCCAUGUGUGGUUUGCCAAAAAUCAUUGCCUGCUUCUGAACAAGACACUAGUUCUCAUCAAAUCAAAUCAGACAGUGUAAGUGAUGAUGAGAGUGAACCAAAUCAUAAUUGUGAUGAAAGACUAAUUGAUGAUGUUUUCUUGUAUGAUUUCUGUUCAUCCCAUGGACAUAUACUAGAAAAUUGGUGCUGCAAAUGUCAAGUAGCAAUUUGUAAGAAUUGCCCUAACAAGCAUUACACCCAUGGAGUUGUUGUGGCAAGUGAAAUGUUCCACCAGGAAAUGGCUGAAAAACUAGUCAACAGCAAUUUUCGGAUUGAGUCAGGAGUCAAGCUUGUAACUUCAGUCAAGGAAAGCAUGACUGACUGUGAUGAAGGUUUGCGGUUGACAAAGGAGGCUCAAAAAGUUGGUGAGAAACUGAAGGCUCGUAAAAUGCAUCUCACCAAGCAGCUUUACCAUAUCCGUGAAUUGUCAAGAGCCAUCCAAGAACAGCCAGAUUCUACAACUCUACAGGAAAACCACUGGCAGUUGUGCAAAGUUAUCUCCAGAGCAGAUGAGGAGUACAGAAAUUUAGCUAACAAGAUUCAAGCUAUGUGUUUUGAUCUAGCAAAGCUGGAGACAAAAUUGAAUGAAACUUACAAGGUUCUUCAAGAAUGCACUACACCAAUUUUACCAGAAGAAUUUAUGAAGAAUUCUACAAGCUGGACAAUAACUGGCGAGUAUGAAGCCUGCAAAGCCUUGGCUACACUCAACACUUCUGAUCAUAAACCUUCAGGACCUGUUGUAGUGACCUCCACUUCUGAAAAGCCAAUAAAAUGUUUGUCUGAGCUUCUUAUGAGACUGGGAAAAGGAGGACAUCAAAUGAAAAUCAAACUAUUGGAUUCCUUCUGGUCAAAAGAAACACCACUAGCUGACUGUGUGAAGCUGGAACCUUUCCUCAAAGAAGGUUACGGUUAUUACCUGCUCUCAUUUAUGGGUCACUUGAGAGAGUGCACUCUUCAGAACCUUCGGGCCAAAUACCUCCAGGAAAUCGGUCUUCGCCUUGAAGCUGCUUCUGAUGUAGAGCUCUUCAACAAAAGUCCUGUACUUUAUUGUUCUCGACAUGUUAGCAUCUCGAAGAAACUUGCCGCGGAGGACUUGCAAACAAGAAUUAAAGCAGGAAAAAAUUUGUGCAUCUAUGUAGUGGCUCUAGAAGAUAAUGACGUGGACUGGUUCUUUGCUGUCUUGGAAAAAUUGCUUCCAGAAAAGAGCGAGACUGAAAUCUACUUACCUGCCUGCGGCCUGACCUACGAUGGAGUCACCACGCUGCUGGAGAUCGUCGCUGUGCUGGGGCGCGUGAAGAGACUUGUGUUUGAGAAAGAAAUAUUCUCGGCAAAUGCGAGAAUGAAUUUAGUGAUUAGGGCUUCGCAACUGAAUAUUGGUCUGGAAUGGGCUUUCACUCGCGUCUGAUGAAAUUCGAUUACUGAACUCACAGCAGCUUGUGCAUCUAAAUUGCGUAGUUUGUCUGUACCGACAGACAUUAUUCUUCAUUCGUUGAAUAUUGUGGGCAAUGAUUUGAUUUAUAUUCGAAUAUCUCAAUAUACAAGUUUAUUCCCUACAUAUUUCCAGUUGUUUUAUCUUGUGAUGAUAAUUCGUGAUCUAUGUGAAAAAGUAAGUAAUGUGUCAAUGGGGUACACGCAUUGAAAAUUUAUACCUUAUCAGCCUUGAUAAUGGAACUAUAUCGAGCUUUUAUAAUCUAAACAUGCACGAGUUAAUCUCUGUUUUUUAUGUGGUCUAUCUUGAUUGAAAGGGCAAAUGAUUUUUUUCCUGUAUUUUCGCACCCACGCAUUUUUCUCUGUAUCGUCUCGUAGAUGUACUGCUUCAUAUAAAAUGCGGUCUUUGGACGCGCUUUAUCAUUUAAUCAAGUCGCCGUAUUAAUUUUCUCCUAAAUGAUCAUUUUAUGAAUUGAUGAAAUGAGGAGGAAUGUUCUAGGUUUGUAUUAUUUUUUUUUUGUUGCAAUAAAAUGAACGUGAAAUGAGGUUAUAAUGUGUCAUUUGGAUCGAAAUGGUCUCUCUGAUGGCUUUAUCACAGAACUUGUUAAGUGGGGUACUGAGUGCAUUAUAGUUGUGGAAUAUGUUAAAGGUUGGUACAGAAAAUUUUUAUGACUUGAAACAUCUUUAACUCUACGUUCUCUGAUAUGAUUGGAAGACAAAGUGAUUAAGUUGUGGCCUAAUUUC